AUGUCCCUUCUUCUUGCAUAUCUCACACGUGGCGGCAUCAGGACACUCUCGCUUGCGAUGGCCCGGCUUUCCACAGCCAUCACAGUUCUUGCAAUCUCUGCGGAUGUGCCCUGGCUGGCCGCCCCUGUGGCAUAUCCUGGUGUCAGCUCUUGCCUCUCCUCGCUCCUCUGCCUUCCCCCUGUCCUCUGGUAUCAUCGCCGCCGCCCAAGUCGGCCUGCGGCUUCUCUCUAUCGGCCUCGGCAGAACCUGGCCGGCACCUCCACUCUUGGUGCUGCAGCGGCGCCCCCCCGUUCCUCUCCCCACGCUUCACUCGCCCCUCUUGACGAUCUCGCAUACAUCCCCCUUGCUUGGCUCGUUCCAGGCCUUCUCGAGCUUCUCAUGCCCGCUCAGCCCCGUACGCCAGGCUUCCGCUCCUGGCCCUACUCUCUUGCUGGUCUCCGCGCGCCUCGCCUUGUUGUCUCCACCGACUGUCCUCCCUUCCCGCCCGCUCCCACCGCCAAGCCGGCGAGUGGUGACUCCUCUCCCAAUCUCCUCGGCGUGUCUCGUACGGUUGACGCAUCGCCGGGGAUGGUGACCAUUCCUCCUUUCCCCUUCCUUGCUGCCGAUGGCCAGGCGGUGAGUGUCUCACCUCGUCCAGCCUUUCCUCUCGCCGGCGGCGUCGGUCUGGCGAAUGCGAGUCGCCGCUGGGCCUCUUUUCCCACCGCCUCUGUUGACGCGGCGAGCGUGAUUCUCCCCUCCGUCGCCCUUUCUGCUGCCACUGCGGCCCAGGUGAGCGAGAAUCCGGGCUUCGUCUUCCCCCAGGUGCCAGCUGUCGAUCGGCCGAGCGCACCUCGCUCUCCUGUCUUCCUCCCCGCGUCUGCACCCUGCCGCCAUGCCGCUCCGUUCUUGGCUGGGGUCCCCUGGGCGAGCGCGAGCCUCCAUUUCGCUGCCCCGCACGCCGUCGUUGGCCUUCUGGCGUCCGCGGGCGCUCAGCUUCUCCUCCUCCGCGCGAUCCCCGCAUCUGUGACGUGCGCGCCUCUUCCUCUCGAUUCUGGCGCUCCUGCUGCGGCGCGCCGCUUGAGCGGUGUCCUCCCAGGCGGUCGAGACUUUCCGCGUGGGUCUCUUCCGCGCGCCCCUCAUCCACUUCCUCUUCUGCUGCCUCAGCUGAGUCGGCGGCUCCGUUGGUCGGCGCGUACUCCUCCUCCUCGGUUUCGACUGGGACGUGAUGUUCCCCGCCCGCCUGUUCGUAAACGUGCUCCUGCUCGUCCCCCUCGUCCCUCGCUUUGUCCUCAUGCGUCUCCUCCCGCGUCCGGUCGGCCCGUGAAGCUUCCUCGGCUCUGCUGA